GUCAAAGAGAUGCCUCGUUUUUUCUUCCUGCAAUUAUUAUCUUCAACUUGUAAUUUGCCUCUCCCUCCCGCUUGCACUCUUGGAUUAGGUGAUAAGUUAUACCUUCUUGAUGUAGACAGGUGAUAUUAUUAACUUAUUUUAAUCUGUAUUAAAAUCCCUUCAACCUGCUGCCUUGAAAUCUACUCCUUAAAUAGACAUUAUUUUCCACAUGUUGGAGAGAGAAUCUUGAUUAAACAUUUGGAUUUAAGGCAAUGUCUGCCAAUCUUUAAGACAAUUUUGUGCUCUUCUGGUUAAAUCUUUAGCUUAGAAACAGAGUUAUCAGAUCAAAAACAUGGUUUUGGCUAAGAAUCCUUCUGACACGUUUUACUUGAUUUUUCGAACAAGAACCAGAUGAUACAGUUUACUCGUGUUCACUUUUCAUAGGGGUUUCAAGAUGAAUCAAGAUCCCUCUACUUUUCUAAGACAUUUUUUCAGAAAUCUGUAGAAACCGUAGGGUUUAGAUCUGGAUUCUUAUUGGUUUUGUAGUGGAAUUUCUUAAGAUUUUGUUUUAUGAGAAAAAUGGGGGAGGAAGAGACUAUUCCAAUUCACAAAGAGGAAGUUGAAGAAAAUCAUCAGCCCAAGAAUGGGAUCUAUAAUGCUAUUUUCACACCAGUUUAUUGGGUCAAAAUGCUUGCUUUGGAAUUGCACUGGAGUUUUGUAUUUGGGGUAGUGAUUGUUUAUGGAAUCAGCCAAGGACUUGGGGGAGCUCUUGCUCGGGUGGGCACACAGUAUUACAUGAAAGAUGUGCAAAAAGUGCAACCUUCUGAGGCUCAAGUUUACUCUGGAAUCACUUCCAUUCCUUGGAUAGUUAAACCUUUAUGGGGUCUUCUCACUGAUGUUGUUCCCAUUUUGGGGUAUCAUCGGAGACCAUAUUUCCUUUUCGCCGGUUUUCUUGGUGUGAUCUCCAUGCUCUUCUUAUCAUUGCAUGAGAAGCUGCAUAUAAUACUUACACUAAUGGCACUGACGGCAGCAAGUGCAAGUGUUGCCAUUGCUGAUGUGACUGUUGAUGCAUGUGUGGCACAGAACAGUAGUAACCAUCCAUCCCUUGCAGCCGACAUGCAAAGCUUAUGUGCAUUGAGUGCUUCAAUUGGGUCGCUCGUGGGAUUCUCUUUAAGUGGUAUCUUUGUUCACUUAAUUGGUCCACAGGGGGUGUUUGGCUUGUUGGCUAUACCAGCUGGACUUGUGUUGUUAGUUGGUGUUUUGCUUAGGGAAAAUCGGACAUCGAGCUUUGCAUAUCAGCAGAUCAACCAGAACUUUCUUGAUGCUGGUAAGGCUAUGUGGAAGACCCUGAAAUGCCCAGAAGUGUGGAGGCCGUGUUUAUACAUGUACUUGUCAUUCUCAAUGAGUUUAAAUAUCUCCGAAGGAAUGUUCUACUGGGCAACAGAUUCAAAGGCAGGCCCAUUAUUUUCUCAGGAAAUCAUUGGCUAUAUGAUGGCGAUUGGCUCCGUAGGCUCUCUAUUGGGAGCUAUACUAUAUCAAUAUGGAUUAAAGGAUUAUCCAUUUCGUGAUCUACUCUUCUGGACUCAGAUACUAUUAUGUCUCUCAGGAAUGCUUGAUUUGCUACUGGUGCUACGGGUGAACUUAAAAUUAGGGAUACCAGACUUUUUAUUCGUGGUGAUUGAUGCAAGUGUUUCUUCCAUGAUCGGACGACUCAAAUGGAUGCCACUUCUUGUUCUAAGUUCGAAACUCUGCCCCCGGGGCAUUGAAGGAACCUUUUUUGCAUUGCUCAUGUCAAUUGAUAAUGCGGGACUUCUUACAUCGUCAUGGUUUGGAGGCUUGUUACUUCACAUUUUGAAAGUUACUAGGACACAAUUCGAUAACUUGUGGGUAGCCGUUUUGAUAAGGAAUAUAUUGAGGAUUAGCCCGCUUUGUUUACUAUUUUUGGUGGCAAGAACUGAUCCUAACUCCUCUAUUCUCCCUGGAGAAGUUUUGGAUUCAAAAGAGGUUGCUGAAACUUCAACAUCUGAGAAUAUCGAGCUUGUUGCCCUUGUGAACAGCGAGGAUAGUAGAUAGCAUUACUUUACAUAAUCAAUACGAAGAAAUUCAAAAAACAAGACUCAUAUAACAUUUCAACACGAGAAUAUAUGAAAAGGAUUCAGCAGUACUUCUUCGAGUUGAAUGCUGAUUUGAGCAAGUGCUUCCUUUUGUACGUACAUUUAUUUUUUUAUAUGAUUAUAGAUGUUCUUCAUCUCACUUCAAUUAUUUUGCAAACGAUGUAUGGAAUAGAGGUCGUCGCAUAAAGGACACGUGUUAGUUAACAUGUAUUUAUCUUUAGGUUUACAGAUUGCUUAUUUGCAAUAUUCAUGACAGUAAGUACUGUACAGAAACUGAAAUGGCUAAGGUUUAUCAUUCUCUGUCU